AUGGUGGCUCCCGACAUCGAUCCUGGCAUCAAUUCCAGUGUCAACCCUGAUGUUGAUCCCGGUGUCAAUCCCGGUGUCAAUCCCAAUAUCAAUCCUGGUGUCAAUCCCAGUGUAAAUCCCGGUGUCAAUCCCAGUGUCAAUCCUGGUGUCAAUCCCAAUAUCAAUCCUGAUAUCAAUCCCUGUGUCAAUCCUGGUGUCAAUCUUGAUAUCAAUCCCCGUGUCAAUUGUGGUGUCAAUCCCAGUGUCAAUCCUGCUGUCAAUCCCAAUAUCAAUCCCAAUAUCAAUCCCGGUGUCAAUCCUGGUGUCAAUCUUGGUGUCAAUCCCAAUAUAAAUCCCAAUAUCAAUCCUGGUGUCAAUCCCGAUAUCAAUCCCG